GGUGGUUCUUGUUAACACGCAGUCCCUCGGCUGCCACAUGAUCAAGUGAUACGUAAAUAUGAAGAUGAUUGUGACCGGACUUACCACCUCCUCUGUCUGCGGUUCCAAUGCGUCCCUCCUCCUCCGCCCCACGUCGUCGAUCGAGCCGGCACUGGAGUGGUUAUACCCUUCGCGCGUGGAUGUCUGCUGCGCUCUCAAGCAUCCAUCCCCCUCCUCCUCGUCGUCGUCGUCGUAGUCGUCGUCUGUGCUGCCGCUGCUGCCGCUCCACUCUCAAACUACAAUAGAACUCGAAGCAAGCCAGCAAAGCAAUGACAGACCCGGCCUACCAAGUCCCGGACAUGACCAUAGUGGAUCCGACUCCGGGCGCAGUGCGGAACGGCCAGUGCGCCCCGGAUGCCUUCGGCAACAACCACCACAACCACAACAACCAGCAACAGCACGUCAAGAGCCCCGUCCAGCAUGAGGCGCUCACCUCCGGCCAAGAGAUGAAAAUCACCGACAGUGUGGAGGGAGAAGGUCUCCUUGAGAGCAGCAUGAGGCUGAAGCCUCACGAAGCUCAGAACUACAGGAAGAAGGCACUCUGGGUCUCGUGGCUCUCCAUCGUGGUCACCCUCAUCCUGGCCGUGACGGCGUUCACCGUAUCGUUCAUGAGGCACAGCGCGUCGGCCUUCGGAUUUGCCUUUGACGCCACCUUGGAUGUUCUCUCCUCAAUCAUUGUGCUGUGGCGCUACAGCAACGCGGCGGCUGUGCAUUCAGCGCACCGAGAAUACAUAGCAUGUGUGGUCCUCGCAAUUGUGUUUCUGCUCUGCUCCAUGUGCAUCCUUGGAAAGGCAAUUUAUAAUCUGGUGACCAGGAUGCCCCCAGAAGUGGAUGACUUCCUCUUCAGCGUGUCCGUCGUGAGUGGAUUUGUGUGCAGCGUGCUGGCCGUUGCCAAGUUCUGGCUGGGCAAAGUGCUCACGAGUCGCGCGCUCAUCACGGAUGGCUUUAACUCUCUGGUGGGUGGUAUCAUGGGAUUUACCAUCCUUAUCAGCGCCCAAGUCUUCAAGGAUCAUCCCGAUGUCUGGUUCCUGGAUGGCUUGAUUGGCGUCCUCAUCGGACUCAUCAUUUUGGCAUAUGGGGUCAAGCUUUUAAUGGACAUGGUGCCCCGUGUGAGGCAGACGAGGAACUACGAACGAUUUGAGUGAGCUUCACCGACUGGUCGCCUCCCCGCCGUCGUCUCUUUCCUUUACGCACCGCUUGGACGUUUCACUUACAGGCGCGGCGUACUGUCGUCACAAGCUCUUAGACUGUUUAUGCUGCGUUCGUGCAUCCUCACAGUACCUUGCCCACACAUCCGACUGACAGAUGCACAUGUUAAAAUACU